UGCACAUCAUCAUCAUAAGAAAUAUAAACUGCUUGAUUAAUAUUCUCUAGAUUUGAAUAUGGCUUCCAAAACAAUUGCAAGUCAGUCUUCAGUACCCCUUUUCCUAUCACUGAAUCUCCUGUUGUUUGCUGUUGUAAGUGGAACCAAUGAUACUGGAAAUUGCGUUGGUUCUCAACAAACAUGCUCAAUAGAUACUUUGAAACUUGGUGUGUGUGCUAAUAUACUUAAUUUGGUGAAUGUAAUAGUCGGGUCUCCACCAACUUUGCCAUGCUGCAGUUUGAUCCAGGGACUGACGGACCUAGAGGCCGCGGUUUGCUUGUGCACAGCCAUAAAAGCAAAUGUGCUGGGAAUUAAUUUGAAUGUACCACUCUCUCUGAGCCUCAUACUAAACACAUGUGGAAAGAAAUAUCCUACUGGCUUCACUUGUUAAACUACGUACCCUCUACUUUGCCUCAUUAAUUUCCAAGGGGUUAAUAAAUAAAUAAAUAAAUGUAUCGUCGUGCUUAUGAAAUUAUUAUGCACGUACAAACCUUUUUAAAAAAAAAUUUAAAUAAGUGAACUUUGCAUAUGCAAGUUCUCAUCUUCCUAUGUUACAUUAAUAACCACUAUCAAAUUAAUAAAUAAAACUACUCUUUAUUACCUCUC